AUAAUCCGUGUUCAGAGAGGAGUUUCAGCAGAAAACAGUUGGCAGAUUGUGAGGCGAUACAGUGACUUUGACUUGCUUAAUAAUAGCUUGCAGAUAUCAACUCUAAGUCUACCUCUUCCUCCAAAAAAAUUGAUUGGAAAUAUGGAGCGUGAAUUCAUAGCUGAAAGACAGAAGGGACUCCAAGCCUAUCUUGAUGUAAUUACUACCCAUCACAUACUGUCUAACUGUGAACUGGUAAAAAAAUUCUUGGACCCAAACAGCUAUUCUGUAAACUACACUGAAAUUGCCUUACAGCAUGUUUCAAUGUUCUUCCGAUCAGAGCCAAAGUGGGAAGUGGUAGAACCAUUAAAAGAUAUAGGUUGGCGAAUACGUAAGAAAUAUUUCUUAAUGAAGAUUAAGAAUCAACCAAAGGAACGGCUAAUGUUAAGCUGGGCUGAUCUUGGCCCUGAUAAAUACUUGUCUGACAAAGAUUUACAGUAUGCUGUGAAACUUCUUUCUUCCUGUUCUCAUCCCUAUAUAUACAAAAUCACUUUUGCCACUGCCAAUGAAUCUUCAGCGCUGGUUAUUCGACCAUUCAGUGAAAAAGGGACACUAAAGGACCUUAUUUAUAAGGCAAAGCCAAAAGACCCGUUCCUGAAGAAGUAUUGCAAUCCUAAAAAAAUUCAAGGCCUUGAACUUCAGCAAAUAAAAACAUAUGGAAGGCAAAUAUUAGAGGUAUUAAAAUUUUUGCAUGAGAAAGGAUUUCCUUACGGCCAUCUUCACUCUGCCAAUGUGAUGCUGGAUGGGGACACCUGCAAAUUACUGGAUCUAGAAAAUUCCUUGUUGGGACUUCCAUCAUUUUAUCGAUCAUACUUUUCACAGUUUCGGAAAAUUAAUACUUUAGAAGGUGUUGAUGUACAUUGCUUUGGACACUUACUGUAUGAAAUGACAUAUGGAAGACCCCCAGAUACGAUUCCAGUAGACAGCUUCCCUCCUGCGCCGUCAGUGUUUGUUGUGUCUGUGUUGGAAUCCAUUCUGACCUGUGAAGCUAUGAAGAAUGGUAUGCCAACUGUUUCACGGCUCUUACAGAUGCCAUUAUUUAGUGAUGUCCUGCUAACAAACUCCGAGAAACCACAGUUUAAGAUUCCUACUAAGCUAAAAGAGGCAUUGAAAACUUCCAAGGAAUGCAUAGAGAAACGAUUAACAGAAGAACAGAAACUGAUUCACCAGCACCGAAGGCUGACAAGAGCUCAAUCUCAUCAUGGCUCUGAAGAAGAAAAAAAGAAAAGGAAGAUCUUAGCACGAAAAAAGUCAAAACGCUCUGCCUAUGAAAGUGGGGAAGAACACUCAGCAAAAUACAGCAACUCAAAUAACUCAGCAGGCUCAGGGGCAAGUUCCCCAUUAACAUCUCCAUCGUCCCCCACUCCGCCUUCUACAGCAGGAGCAUCGUCGAUACCCCCAGCACCGCCACCGCCGCCCCUGCCACCAGCAGCUCCUCCUCCUCCGAGUACAGAGGUGCCAACGCAGCCAAGCCCACAGCCCCAUGUCAGUGCAAGCCGAGGAGCCUUACUCAGCUCCAUUCAAAACUUUCAGAAAGGAACACUGAAGAAAACACAGACCUGCGACUACAGUGCUCCCAGGAUCAGCUGAGGCCACUGGUCACACCAGGAUUAAUUCCCUCUCCCCCUCCUGUGCUGUCUGGGAACAAGACCCUCCUGACCGGCAACUGGAUCCACCGGCAUAUAGUAGCUAAUCACGCUGUAGCUCCAUUUACCCGCUCCAGCUCUUCUUGAGUAGCAGCACUUCCCUGUCUGCAUUGCAUUGCCAUGCUGUGAUAAGUACUCUAUUCUUUACUUGGUUUCAAGAACUUUGUUCUCUAGCUACAGUUUCAGGGGUACAGCAACUUCUAUAUAGCUGAAUAAAAAAAGCUGAAAAUAGGAA